AUGGCUGUUAGUCACUUGGGCUGGUCCAGCCUUGUGUCAAUUGUUUACUUUGCUCUCGCUCUUGCAGGGGAUGAUGGCGGGUGGGAGAGCAAAAGCACUUGCCAGCCAGUGACCACCACAGUCUACUCUGUAUCAACUUUGUACUACGAGAAAACCGUCUGGUCAACCAAUCUAGUCUAUCUCACAGAUACUGUGACGAAAGUACAGGUCGAAUCAACAACUAUCCCCGUUCCCACCACAAUCGUUAAUCAGCAAACAAUCACUCAAGUAGAUUUGAGCACAGUGGUCAAUCAACAGACCGUGACUCAAGUUGAUCUAAGCACCAUCGUCAAUCAGCUUACCACCACAGUCAUUUCCAACGUUCCUGGUCCUACAACCACUGUCUCAGCUUGCCCGACAACUCCACUGGAUGGGCUGGUAACCUGUACUUCGAGGAUAGUGAAUCCAACAUAUACGGCCAAGCAUCCAUUGCCCAGCGACUACCUUUGGGGAUGUCCACCCGGAAAACUAUGCACUCCACCGCAGAUCGGGUGCAAUUUCGAACAGAACCCUCCAGCAGAUUCUUACGUUUGUGCUCCUGAAGAGUGCCAGGAUAUUCCUGAAAUCGUUGUACCCGAAGACUUUGUCAAUGCAUCUUGGCCCAAUCCCACUGACGCAGAUUGCGCGUGGUACACGCCCAAUCCCGGGGACUUCAAUCUCAACCCGGAGCACUUUGGCUUGAGCUUUGACAUCUUCAACAUCUAUGGCCAAGAAGUUUGCGUCGCUCCACCACCUCCUCCUCCCACCACCACCACCACCACAACCGGGUGGGCAGACUGGAAUAGCCCCCUUCCGACUCACACUUAUACCCCAAGAAUGGCCAGAAGAGGUGUGAGGAGCUGGAACCCACUGGCCCAGAUUGCUCGACGCCAGCAAGUCGGCAUAGCCCCCAAGGAGUGUUAUCGGACAUACAAUUCCGCCAACCUCAUCGGCACGCACGUGGGCUAUGUUCCUGACAUACUGUGUCCAUAUGAAGGGGAGUUCAUGGUCGCAAUUCGGUCUUGUCAAGCGUGCGCUGCGACGUACUCUACCACUUCCGACUCAACUACAGACUUCCCAGAUCUGCAGAGAUACUACGCUUUCUGUGAAGCACGGGCAGCGAAUGCGACAACCGCCAGGUAG